AUGGACAUGAUGGACUACGACAACCCGGUUUCCGGCCGCUUCAUGCCUCUCCCAUCUUCCAGCGAACCCGCCGGCGAGGUUUCUUCUCUUCGAACCAUUUGCUACUGA